UCUUCCUCUGUCGUGAACGCGCAUUUACCAGCUCACUAUUUUAGAACACAUCCAGAGCCUGCCUUCGCCUCAUCUCACUGAUCACACGUCAGCUUCCCACGAUACACCAGUAAUACAGUUUAACUUCUCAUUUCUCAAAGGGACAUUGAUGCAUUUCCCGACCCGGUGACCGUUUUUUUUGGAUUCUCAUUCCGCUCCUGCGCGCAUCCUGAGGCUUGUCCACGCUGUAAGAUGGCCGAGCUCAAUUUGGGGAAGGGGCUGACUGCGGGGAAAGUGGCCAGCAACGUUCAGAAGAAGCUCACCAGAGCACAAGAGAAGGUUCUACAGAAGCUUGGCAAAGCAGAUGAGACCAAAGAUGUUGCUUUCGAGGAGGGAGUCAUAAACUUCAACAAACAAUAUGCUGAGGGGAGCAAACUCCAGCGGGACCUCAGGGCAUACCUGGAGGCCGUGAAAGCCAUGCACGAGUCGUCGAAGAACUUGCAGUCAUGUCUGGCUGACAUGUACGAGCCCGAGUGGUAUGGGAAGAACGAAGUUGAUUCCAUCGUGGAGGACUGUGAUGUGCUUUGGACUGACUACCACCAGAAGUUGGUUGAUCACGCUCUCAUCUCCAUGGAUACCUACUUAGGACAGUUUCCCGAUAUCAAGGCUCGUAUUGCCAAGAGGGACAGAAAGUUGGUAGAUUACGACAGCGCGAGACACAACUAUGCCACCACGCAUAAGUCUAAGAAAAAGGAUGGCGGUAUUAAAAUCACUAAGCCCUCUUCUUUGUUGGAGAGGGCAACCCCUGGCUGGGCUCAAGGCAUCCUGUCUGCACACAAUGUUGCCCAAAGCAGCUUGUCCAGGAGCCAGGCUGAAGAGGAGUUGGAGAGAGCUCAGAAGGUGUUUGAGGAGAUUAAUAUUGACUUACAGGAGGAAUUACCUUCACUCUGGAACAGUCGUGUUGGGUUUUACGUCAGCACCUUCCAGAGCUUGGCUGGUUUUGAGGAGAAGUUUCACAAGGAAAUAGGCCGGUUGGAUCAGGAUUUAUAUGAUGUCUUGGAGAAACUUGAAGAAACAGACACAAGCAGAAAGACAGGUAACCGCAGCGCCUUAUCGUCAGGAGCAAAUAGGAGCGGCGUUGAUGACUCCAACCACACUCUUAAACCAGGAGGACCACCCUCAAUUCCAAAAUCACCAUCCAAGCUAAAGCCAGCAGUGCCUCCUCCACCCAAGGUGACCCCAUCCAAGGAGAUGAAAACAGAAAAUAUCAUCAGUCUGUUUGAUUCUGCAGCAACUCCUGAUAUUAGCGUCACCUCCCCGACAGAGCCAGCAAACUGGGACUCCUGGCCUGAGGACAGCCGUGUCCAGGAAGAAGAGCCCACCGAGAUGCACUAUGACCCCGUAGCAGCCGCUACCGAGGCCUGGGGGGAUGACGGUACACAGCCUGUUCGCUAUGAUCCAAUAGCCGCAGCCACAGAGGGCUGGGGCGAUGACGGAACCCAACCAGUUCACUAUGAUCCUAAUGAGGAAUGGGGCGAUGAUGGGACCCAGCCGGCUUAUGAUGAACCGGUGGCUGAAGCCCAGGAGGAGGCCGUCGUGGACGGGGAUCAGCCGGUCACGGAGGAACCGACUGUGGAGGAUGCAACAAGCCCUGUCGAGGCUCCAGUUGACGUUUGUGAAGAGGAAGCUCCCCCUGCUGCAGCUAAUGAAGAGGAUCAGGGAGAGGAAGCUCAGGAAGCAGCUCCUGCAGAAGCAGCAGCAGAAGAAACAGUAUCUGAGGAGACACCUGCAGUAAACGAAGAACCAACAGCGACAGCAGAAGAAGCAGAGGCAGAGUCACCAGGCAUGCCCCCUGGAUUCAUAUUUAAGGUCCAGGUGAUGCAUGACUAUGCAGCCAACGACACUGACGAACUUGAGAUGAAGGCAGGAGAUGUGGUGCUAGUAAUUCCCUUUGACAACCCAGAGGAACAGGACGACGGCUGGCUGAUGGGAGUGAAACAAGAUGACUGGAUGCAGAAAAAGGAGAAUGCCACCAAAGGAGUAUUCCCUGAGAACUUCACCCAGAGGCUGUGAAAGAUCUUUUUCCACACAACAGUUUUCUUCAUCACUUCUCCUAUCUCAUCGCACUUCCUGUCCUAUUCUUACUUUGUCUUAUUUCCUGGACUUUGCCCAUAGAAGCAGAGCUGUCACACCCCUUGCUGAAAUUGCCCAUUAUCUGACUUCUGCUACUCAGGCAGAACUUCUGAAAAAAAAAAAAAAAGUUAUAGAAAUGACAGCCAUUUCAAUCAAGGAGCCGCAUCUUACUGUGCUGUCGCUGAGGGACUGACAACAGAAUCCUGGUCUCUUGCAGGAUAAAUGCAGCUGUGGCUCCCGCUGCAGUGGCUGUUUUCAGGGAUGGGGCCGAUCGCAAUUCAUGUAUCGGAAAUUUCCGAUACCACCUGCAGAGAUUCCCGAUCCAUGAGCCAUGUCUGUGCUUUGAGGUUGUAAAAAAAAUUAUCAGGUGUGACGCGUUCACGGCCACACAAACAGUCGGACAUCUACACAACUUAAACCUUCCGGGUCGCUACAAUAUUAUACUGUAGACAGGAGUUUAUUCCAGCCACAUCAAAGCCACAUAAAAUCAACAACAAUGAUAACGCAGCGACCUGGAAGUUAUGUGCGAUGUUAAGAGUUGUGUGUUUUUCACUGUGAGGCAGUAAGUGUGUGUCCAGGGUGUGGAAACAAAUGCAGAUUUCCUUCCAGCUCCAUUUGCUGCUAUUCUUUUGGCAUGGUUUCAUAUUACAGCAAAUCAAACUCUCGUAUCAGCAGAUAUCCGAAUGCAGGUAUCGGAAGUGAAAAAAUGUGGAUCGGUGCAUCCCUGUCCGAUACAUGACAUUUCAAUAUGAAUCAUCUCAACUCUUACACAUUAGCGCUAUAACAGAGUGCUGCGUUUAUGAACCUAACCUGUUCUUGUCAUAUGUAGCAAGUGCGUUGUGCGUGAAGCUGAAAUGUCAUUCCCAGGUUUUUCAGGAAGGGCAAAGCAUCAUGGAUUCCAUCAUUUCUGACCACCUGCUCAGAAUUCAGUUUAAUUAAUCGUAAGAAGCUUCAUUCUUAAUUCCCACACAACACGGGCCCCUGGUUAUUGUAUUAGUUUGUUUCCCAUGCUGGUAAAAGUGGUUUAACAGUGUUGUUAGCAUCAAGUCAAUUAUUAUGCAUUAAACUAACAACACAUCAUAACGUGGCAUCAAGGGUCAAAAUAGAAGAUUUAAAACCAUUUAUUCACAUAUAUGCAUUAGUCGGGCUCGCCGAAAAGCUUGCCAGCAAUCUACACUGAUGAAAAGCUGCUACUGGUACUAAAAUAGGCAGGCAGACCUAGUUACACUCUAAUCGAACAUAUUCUAACUGAGCCAGAUUCAUUCAUUCUAAAAGAUGUGCUGACAUCAACUCCUCCCUUUUGCAUCAAGAUGACUUUGCUCAAAAAGGCAAAUGUUUCCAAAUAUGCACCAGAGCUACGUGUUUUAUUUUUGUACGCUGCCAAGCAAUGACAACAUAUAGCCUCGUGGUCAACAUAUUUGCCAACUGAGGAUGCUACCGAGUAUUUUGUAUUUACGUCAGGUUCUCUGCUCUGGACACAGUCCAAACACACAAACUCUAAACAGAUUUAUCACAAUGUUCAUGUAUUCAAAUGAAAGUGAGCAUAUAUGUGUGUGAUGGUGCGAUUGUGCGUGCGUUUGGGAACAAAAAUUCUUUAUCCGUAGAGGACAAUUGGAAGAUAUUCUGACAGGUACUGUAUUACAGGUUCCAGAUGUUAUUGUGCAUUUGUUGUGUAUAAGUGUAAUUUUGCCAAGUGAUGACAUAUUCUAUAAAAACAUUCAUAUCUGUAUGUGAGUUAAUGUGAGCAUGCUGACUCCCCGCGUCUUGUGUGAACAUCAGUCAUUUAAGGCAAUGAUACUGGAAUUUUAGUUUGUUUAGUCUUUAUGAGGGGCCAAGUGAGCAGAUUUAUAAAAGACAUUUACACACCAACCCUGCCCCUCAUGGUUUUCCAUCAACCUUGCCUCAAAAUGUUGCCAAUGUAUUGUGGUCCAAAGAGAUUAAAUUGUGAUUAUAUGAAGGUAAGAACUACAGAGACAAACGACCAGACUCCAUUUUUUUUUUAAAACCAUGUCAUUUUUCUAUCUUUUUUCACGUGCGGUUUAAGACUUGGCUGCACAUCUGUUUUGUUUCUCAAUUGAAGUGUUUCAUCAAGAGUAGGGUCUCUAUUUGUCUUAAAUCAGUCUCCUGGGGUAAGACAAAAUGUUAUCUUCUGUACCAACCUGACGUAUAUUUAAAACAUGACUCCAAACUGUUGCGUUAUUAAAUAUAAUGCGUGAGUCCAAA